AUGGCCUCCCGCCAGUCCAAAAAACGCUCCUCCGACCCCCCCCCUCGCUCCGCCCCAACCACCACCAAGCGCUCCCGCCGCUCCCCCACCACCUCCGAAUCCAGCGAAAGCGAGCUCUCCGAGCUCGAAGAAGAGAGCAUGACGCUCCCCAACGCCGACGACGACGACGAUGACGACGACGACGAAGACGAGGACUCCGACCCCAGCUCCGAGGAGAGCCCGAGGAGCGCGAAGACAGUUACAUCUACGAGGACUCCGACUCGGCGCCGACGCCGGCGGCCGCCGCGCGGCGCAAGCCGACGCAGGGGGCAGCAACAGCAACAGCAGCAGCAGCAGCAGCAGCAGCAGGGGAAGGGGAAGGGGCAGCAGCAGCAGCAGGGGAAGCAGGGGGGGGAUGCCGCGGCGGGGAGCAUAAAGCUGACGCUCAAACUUGGACACGACUCGAGCAGCGAUGAGGAGGACGAGGAGGAGGAUGUGGACGCCGAGGGCGAGGACGACGACGAGGUUGAUGCCGAGGGCGAGGACGAAGACGAGGACGCUGAGGGCGAGGACGAGGAGGACGACGGGCUCAAUGACGAGGAUGCUGAGGGCGAGACGGACGACGAGGAGAUGGUCGAUUCCGACGAGGAUGCCGAGGGGACACCGGAGUUUGGGAGCAGGGGGGGCACCCCCGAUAUGAGCCGGCUGACGAAGCGGCAAAAGAGCAAGCUGGACGAAGUCUACAGUGCCGACCUGCUAGAGCUGCCGGCAGGCAUCGAGCGGCCCAGCGCGGCCAAAGCCAUCCCCCUCACCGCGGACGAGCAGGCGCUCAAGCGCGCCGAGAUGGCGCGGCGCCGCAAGAACCUGACGGACCAGCGGCUCGAGGAGGAGAAGAUGGACACCAUCAACAAGCUGCUCAAGAAGCAGACGCCCAAGAUGCGCAAGUCGCAGGGGCGGCAGACGGGCGAUGCGACGCCGAACGAGGCGGGCCCGGAGGGCGGCGUGGUCGAGGCGCCCCCGGCGCCGAAGAUGGUCAGGUGGGUGAGCAAUAAGGACGGCAUUCGGGUGGGCGUGCCGGAGAGCUGGUUGGCGGGGCCGGUGGGGAGGGUCUUUAUGCCGCAGGGAAGGGGCUGGUGCAGGAGGUGA